AUGGCUGGAGAGGAGAAGUUUGGAAACUUUAGCCUCAGUGGCACAGAAGGAGGACAGGGGAGUUUUAGCAGUGGAUGUGAUAUUGAUGAAUGUCAGGAGCUGCCCAGCCUGUGUCAGGGUGGAAACUGCAUCAAUACAUUUGGAAGUUUCCAGUGUGACUGUCUGACUGGAUACAUCCUCAACAUGGACAACCGCAUGUGUGAGGAUAUUGAUGAGUGUGUGCUCAGUUCAGGCGUUUGUGGCCCGGGCACCUGCUACAACACACUGGGAAAUUACACAUGUGUCUGCGCACAGGACUACAUGCCAGUGAACGGAGGACACAGCUGCAUGGAUAUGAGAAAAAGUCUGUGUUACCGUAACUACAGUGGUAGUACCUGUGAACACCAGCUUACUUUCAACACCACACAGAGAUUGUGCUGCUGUGCCUACAAUGUGGGCAAAGCCUGGAACAAACCAUGCCAGGCCUGUCCGAGCCCUGGCACAGGUGACUAUAGAAGUCUUUGUGGCAGUGUGACCGGAUUCAGGAUUGACAUUGAAACUGGAAAGCCGAAAGAUAUUAAUGAAUGUCAUGAAAUCCCAGGUGUCUGUGCUCAUGGUGUGUGUAUAAACCAUGUGGGCAGUUUCAACUGCGAGUGUCCCACAGGCUUCAUUUACAGUGAUCUGCUGCUCGUCUGUGAAGACAUUGAUGAAUGCAGCAGUGGAGAGCUUGUGUGUCAGAGAAAUGCAGACUGCAUCAACCGGCCGGGCAGCUAUCAGUGUGAAUGUUCUGAUGGAUAUAUAAUCACACCUAAUGGAGCCUGCGCUGACCGUAACGAGUGUGUGGAGGCACCCAGCAUGUGUCGUCAUGGUGACUGUGUGGACUUUCCAGGAGGAUACGAGUGUGUGUGUCACGCCGGCUUUACUGCGACACAAAACCGCAGGAUGUGUGUAGAUGUUAAUGAGUGUUCACACCAGCCGUGUGGGAAUGGCACAUGUACAAACUCUAUUGGCUCAUUUAACUGUAUCUGUCAUCAAGGAUUUGAGCUAGCCAGUAAUAACUACUGUACAG